AUAUGCUUUAAAACAGGAUGUCUAAAAUAGUUACUAUAGGAUACAUGAGUGACUUGCUAACGAAAGCAUGUGUAUGAAUAAGAAGUCAGAAAUGAAAAACAGCUUUGAAGAAGAUUCAGGAACAGUGAAUUGAAGAGAUAGGGAAGAGCAAUUAGGAAUCAGGUGGAAAUUAGACCUCUGUAGACAGGUAGAUUGCCUGUCCUUUAAUUAGGAUAAUAGGCAGCAGCUUCCAUCAGGAUUUGAAAUAAAGGGAGAAACUUGGAACGAACCAACACUAACUUGAUCAGGGGAAAAAGAAAGGGGGGUUGGAUGAAGGUGGAAGGCAAAACAAGGAGACAAACAAACCCUCUCCAGGGAUAUUGUGCUGUGCCUGGCCACCAGGCGGAUGGAGCGCUUUGUCCGUGUUCCCUAUGGCUUGUACCAGGGCUAUGGGAAUCCAAUGCCUUUGGGCCAUCCUGGACUCUCUGAACACAAACAGCCUGAUUGGAGGCCAAACACCGGUCCCCCCACUUUCCUGGCCAGGCCUAGGUUGCUGGUGCCUGCAAAUGCUUCCGACUGCUGCAUGGACCCUUACAAGAGGGCGCAGCUUAAGGCUGUUCUCUCCCAGAUGAACCCCAGCCUAAGCCUGCGGCUUUACAAGGCCCAAACCAGGGAGGUGGGCGUGCAGGUGAGCCCGCGGGUGGACAAGUCCGUGCAGUGCUCACUGGGGCCUCGCACCUUGCGCAGCCGCUCCCCUUGGGGCAGCAGAGGCCACAAGGCACCCCUGUCAGCCUGGGGAGUCUACUCACCAGUGAUAGGUCCCAGGGGCUUGAUUCAGCUGCAGAGGGAGGGGGAAGACCAGGAGAGGAAGGCACUUCUGGGUCCUGCUGAGGCCAGCCAGCAGCAGCAGCCACCACCAACGCCAAGGUCGGAAGAGGAUGAACAGGAGGAACUUCACCAGAACAAUGAGUUGGAGGAGAAAGAUGCCUCAAGUCCUCGGGAAAGGAAGAGCAAGCAGGCACAGGGAGUUGGUGGGGAAGAUCUGCUCAGGAAACCCAAUUUCCAGUUUUUGGAACCAAAAUAUGGCUAUUUUCACUGUAAAGAUUGUAAGACCAGAUGGGAGAGUGCUUACGUGUGGUGCAUUUCUGGAACUAAUAAGGUUUAUUUCAAACAACUAUGUUGCAAAUGCCUAAAGAGUUUUAACCCUUAUCGAGUAGAAGCAAUCCAAUGUCAGACCUGUUCAAAGUCUCGUUGUUCCUGUUCUCAAAAGAAAAGGCACAUUGAUCUAAGGAGGCCUCAUCGACAGGAACUGUGUGGUCGCUGCAAAGACAAGAGAUUCUCCUGUGGCAAUACUUACAGCUUUAAAUACAUCAUUUGA